UAAAAGCUUUAAUACCAAUUUACUCUUUAGCUUCCGCCAUUUCCUUCUCCUCCAAUGGCCGCCAUUUCCAUUUCAUUACCGUCUGCCUCUACUUCUUCCCUCUCCGCCUCCAAAUUCCCAACUUUCUCCACAACUUCCUCUCUACCAUUUUCUUUCUCUUCUGCCUAUAAUUAUGACAACAGGAAAACGGCCCUCUCUCUCAAAAGCAUCGCUGAAACCACCUCCGCUCACUCCUUUUCUACAAACAUUAAUUCUUCUACUUCCAAGAUCGUUUCCAGGGUGAGACGGCAUACAAUUUCUGUGUUUGUUGGGGAUGAAAGCGGAAUGAUUAAUCGUAUAGCUGGUGUCUUUGCUAGAAGAGGAUAUAACAUCGAAUCACUUGCUGUUGGCCUGAAUAAGGAUAAGGCUCUUUUCACCAUAGUUGUCUCGGGAACUGAAAAGGUGUUGGAACAAGUUAUUGAGCAGCUCCACAAGCUUGUGAAUGUUUUGAAGGUUGAAGAUCUGUCGAGUGAGCCACAGGUGGAACGUGAGCUGAUGCUUAUAAAAAUCAACGCAGAUCCGGCAUAUCGUGCUGAGAUUAAGAGGUUAGUGGAAAUCUUCAGAGCAAAAAUUGUAGAUAUCUCAGAUGAAUCUGUAACAAUUGAGGUGACUGGCGAUCCAGGGAAGAUGGUUGCAUUUCAAAGAAAUUUAAGCAAAUUUGGAAUUAGAGAAAUUGCUAGAACAGGAAAGAUUGCUUUGAGGAGAGAAAAGCUUGGUGCAUCUGCCCCUUUUUGGCGAUACUCAGCAGCUUCUUAUCCAGAUCUUGAAGAAAUGAUGGCCGUUAAUGCUUCCAUGGGAACUGAAAAUAAAGCAUUCAACAGUGAACUGAGUGAAUCUGGUCCAGUACAUGGAGAUGUAUAUCCCGUGGAGCAGUCAGAUGGGUUUACUAUAAAACCAGUUCUUGAUGCUCAUUGGGGAGUACUUAACGAUGAAGAUAUGGAUGGUUUUCGUUCACAUACUUUAUCUAUGCUAGUAAAUGAUGCGCCAGGGGUCCUUUAUAUUGUCACUGGACUUUUUGCAAGAAGAGGAUAUAAUAUUCAGAGUUUAGCUGUUGGUCAUGCAGAAGUUGAGGGCAUUUCACGCAUUACAACUGUUGUUCCCGGUACAGAUGAAUCAAUCUACAAGUUGUUGCAGCAGCUUUAUAGGCUGGCUGAUGUUCAUGAGGUACGGGAUAUGACCCAUGUGCCAUUUUCGGAGCGCGAGCUGAUGCUGAUUAAAAUUGCUGCAAAUUCUUCUGCUAGGCGUGAUGUGCUUGAUAUUGCCCAUAUAUUUAGGGCCAAGGCUGUUGAUGUCUCUGACCAUACCGUAACUCUUGAGCUUACAGGAGAUUUGCAUAAGAUGGUUGCACUCCAGAGAUUGUUAGAGCCUUAUGGCAUUUGUGAGGUGGCAAGGACGGGACGAGUAGCAUUGGUGCGCGAAUCUGGAGUAGACUCGAAACAUCUUCGAGGAUACUCAUUUCCUCUGUAAACUGAGGUGAGGGGCACAGAACAUUGGGGUCGUACACACCAAUUAUGGUCAAGGAUGGUAUAGAAGAUCUGCGUAUAUAAUAAUGGUACCCAAAAAAAGAGGCUGCAUACUAUUUUAUGAGGAUACUCAGAGGCUCUUUUACUAGUUAAUGACCAACGUUACUUGGAGCUGGCUUUGGGGGGCAGGGGUUUAUGUCAAUUGUAGCAAUGGCGUGAGAAAUUUUUGUUUGUUUUUUUUUUCUUAAACUAUUGAUAUUUUUGUUUUGUUUUGUUUGUUAUUGUUAUUAUUUUUUUCAUAUUUUCUUCCCUUUUUUGUUUUGUUUGUUUUUGUUUUUUAUUUUUUGAGUUCAAUAAUUGAGAGGUUGGGAUUGGCUAUCAAUUCUUGGGACGGUAAGUAGGUACUUUAUCCGCAAAUUGAUAUAUUUGAUUCGAUUUUGAAGUUAGAAGUUUCAUUUAGGUCUUUAUUUACUUUGAUGGAAUGUGAAUAAAAAUUUUCAUUUCGUUGGA